AUGUCCACCUCCGGGAUGAGAGACGAUCGGCGGAGGAGGCUCGUGCUCAGGCCCUCGUCCCGGAAUGUGUCCCUGUCCCACAGCCGGCUGACAGGGAGCAGGCGCAGUCUUGGAGCGGGCAGCAAAGUCCUGGACAAGAGCUCCACGCCCAGGAAGCCCGUCCGGGUGUUUGACGACAGGCAGAAUGAUGUCACUCCUCAGCCUCUCCACCAGGGGGAGUGUGGAGUAGGCCCCCCCAAAGGCAGCCGCUUCUUCCUGGAUGAAAUCGUAGCUGGACUCAGUCUGGACCAGAUGACCACCACAGGAAGCAGCUUCAGCCUCCCCUUCUCCAGGUCCAUCCUGAGCAGCAGUAAGUUCUCCAGUCAGUCGUCCAUAGACUCUGUGGGUCUGGAGACAGAGGAGGGCUUCUCCAGACGAGACCCGCCCCUGCACCUCCCAGAUCAGGGUAAGAAGGUGGUGGUGAAGGAGGAGGUGAAGGAGGAGAUGUGUGUCCACCGAGGACGCAGACCGCAUCAAGUGAGCAAACCUAACACUGACCCUGACCCUGACCCUAACUCUGACCCUGACCCUAACUCUGACCCUGACCCUAACACUGACCCUGACCCUGACCCUGACCCUGACUCUGACCCUGACCCUAACUCUGACCCUGACCCUAACACUGACCCUGACUCUGACCCUGACCCUAACUCUGACCCUGACCCUAACACUGACCCUGACUCUGACCCUGACCCUAACACUGACCCUGACUCUGACCCUGACCCUAACUCUGACCCUGACCCUAACUCUGACCCUGACCCUAACACUGACCCUGACUCUGACCCUGACCCUAACUCUGACCCUGACCCUAACUCUGACCCUGACCCUGACUCUGACCCUGACCCUAACACUGACCCUGACUCUGACCCUGACCCUAACUCUGACCCUGACCCUAACACUGACCCUGACUCUGACCCUGACCCUAACUCUGACCCUGACCCUAACACUGACCCUGACCCUGACCCUAACUCUGACCCUGACCCUAACACUGACCCUGACUCUGACCCUGACCCUAACUCUGACCCUGACUCUGACUCUGACCCUAACACUGACCCUGACCCUGACCCUGACCCUAACUCUGACCCUGACUCUGACCCUGACCCUAACACUGACCCUGACUCUGACCCUAACACUGACCCUGACCCUGACCCUGACCCUAACACUGACCCUGACCCUGACCCUAACUCUGACCCUGACCCUAACUCUGACCCUGACCCUGACCCUGACCCUAACUCUGACCCUGACCCUGACCCUAACUCUGACCCUGACCCUGACCCUGACCCUAACUCUGACCCUGACCCUGACCCUAACUCUGACCCUAACUCUGACCCUGACCCUAACUCUGACCCUGACCCUAACUCUGACCCUGACCCUAACUCUGACCCUGACCCUAACUCUGACCCUGACCCUAACACUGACCCUGACCCUAACUCUGACCCUGACCCUAACACUGACCCUGACCCUGACCCUAACUCUGACCCUGACCCUAACUCUGACCCUGACCCUAACUCUGACCCUGACCCUAACUCUGACCCUGACCCUAACACUGACCCUGACCCUAACUCUGACCCUGACCCUAACUCUGACCCUGACCCUAACACUGACCCUGACCCUGACCCUGACCCUAACUCUGACCCUGACUCUGACCCUAACACUGACCCUGACCCUAACACUGACCCCUGUUACAUAAUACUCACUGUCCCAUCCAAAUAA